UAAAUAGUCUAGCAUUAGAAAGAGCGUUAUAAUGACGAGAUCUCUGAAAAUGACAUAGUGAAAUCGCAUUUAUUAAAGAAAUUCGUGCACUAAUAAAAACUCGGUGCAAUCGUCGAUAAAUCUGAUUGUUGAAUAGACACUUUAAAAGAAAUAAUUUAAAAUGGAUGUGUUGACAAAAUUGCGAAAUACUGUUAGCAACACAAUUUCCAACACAGUUCAAAACACUGCUUAUGGUUUAUCGCAAUUGUCAAAUGUUCUUCCAGGGAAUCCAGUUACAAGAGAAUUUGAAGUGUCUGCACAUAUAGCAAGUGCGGGUCCAGCAUUACUAUGGAAAGUUUACAAUGGUUAUAAGAAAUCUACAAAACAAGAAGCAGCAAUUUUUGUACUCGAGAAAAGAGUCCUUGAUAAAUUUUCAAAGAAUGACAGAGAAAUCAUUUUAGAAACUCUGAAAAGAGGUGUCACACAACUAACAAAGCUACGUCACCCUCAAAUUCUAACUGUACAACAUCCUUUAGAAGAAUCGAGAGAUAGUUUAGCAUUUGCAACUGAACCUGUGCUAGCUAGUUUAGCUAAUAUCUUAGGAAAUCAUGAUAAUAUAUCACAGCCAUUGCCAUUGACUUUGAAAGACUACAAAUUGCAUGAUGUUGAAAUUAAGUAUGGACUCUUACAACUAGGUGAAGGUCUAGCGUUUCUACAUGGAGAUGUAAAAUUAUUGCACAGAAAUUUAUGCCCAGAGUCUAUUGUUAUUAAUAGUCAAGGAGCAUGGAAAAUUUUCGGAUUUGAUUUCUGUGCUUUGAAUCUAACUGUAGAGGGUAAACAACCUCUUUGGUCGUAUGUAGAAUAUGAUAUGUCACUUUCAGCUGUGGCACAACCAAACUUAAAUUACCAAGCACCGGAAUGUAUUUUGGCAAGCAGCGUUACCACAGCUAGUGAUAUUUUUUCUUUGGGAAUGUUAACAUACAUUUUACAUUCCUCAAUGAAUAUACCUCUGCACGAAUGUAACAAUGAUUUUUUGAGGUGCAAAAAGUUCCUCGAAAACUUCACCGGUUCAAUUGUAACUUCUAAACUUCUACCAGUUCCAGAGUCUCUUAGAGACACUGUUAAAUUAAUGUUGAAUCACAAUCCUGAGUUAAGACCAGAUGCUCAUCAAUUCGUUAAAAUUGAAUACUUCACAGACAUAGGAGUCAAGACAUUGAAUUAUUUAGAUAAAAUCUUUCAGUGGGACAAUUUGCAAAAGUCACAAUUUUAUAAAGGAUUACCACAGCUUUUAAAACAACUACCACACAGAGUUAUAUUACACAGAGUAAUUCCAGCAUUGUACAAGGAACUAAUUAAUCCUCCAAUGAUUCCAUUUAUUUUACCAAGCAUAUUGUAUGCAAUGGAAACUAGUUCUGUGGAAGAAUUUAGAGAAUACAUGUUGCCACACAUGAAACCAGUUUUGACUUUGGAUGAUCCGCCGCAGAUUAGUCUUGUAUUAAUGCAACACGUUGACUUGCUACUAAAACUGUGUACUACAGAAGUAAUAAAAACAGAUAUAGUUCCAAUGCUCCUACGUGCUUUAGAAUCUGAGUGGGAACAAUUGCAAGAAUUGUGUUUAUCAGCUCUACCCAACAUUGUAGCAAUGAUCGAAGGACCAGUGAUUAAAAAUGCAAUUUUGCCUCGAAUGAAGAAAAUUUGUUUACAUGGGAAAGGAGGUAGUACUAAAAGUCUUGGAGUGAAAGUUAAUUGUUUACUGUGUCUUGCAAGAAUGUUACCUAAUUUUGAUCGAUGGUUAGUUCUGGAUCAAGUGUUACCAUUUCUACAAGAAAUUCCACAUUCUGGUGAACCUGCAAUCCUUAUGGCUAUUAUAGGUAUCUAUAGGAUAUUAUUAAAUCACAGUAAACUGGGUGCAAGCAAAGAAAUAUUAGCAACAAAAAUUCUACCAUUUUUAUUGCCAUUGUGUAUUGAACAGAAUUUCAGUACAUCACAGUACGAAAUUCUUUCAAGUCUUGUGGUUGAAAUGAUAAAUCGUGUAACAACAGAACACAAAGAAGCAUUGAAACAGUUGGAUGCAAUGCGCCGUGAGACACAAAAACUUGAUCAAGAACUUUCACAAACCUCGAACGUGUACAAAAAUAUCAAUUCGACCACUGAUACUGUUAACACCAUCCCUCCAAUUCCUGCUCCAAACACAAACACAAAUUUAAAGUCUCUACAAAUUGAAAACGGAUUAACAAUGGAAGAUAAGUUUCGAUUAAUUCAACAGCAAGAAGUACAUCAAAGAUUACAGUCUCAACCACCAUUAACACCAAAAACUAUUCAACAACAACCUAAGAAACCUCAGAUAAAAGACUUAACUGAUACUUUAUUACAAUCUAAUUUAGAUCAAUUAAAUCUUUCAAUAUCAAGUCCAAAACCUGAUUAUUCUUACAUGUCCUCAAAUUCAAAUUCACAUCAACAUUUCAGUUCACAAGGAAUGAAUGUAAAUUUAAAUCGAAACACAAAUACUUGGGUUUCUAAUCAAAUGACCUGGAAUACGACUGUUCCUCAAAACACAAUCAAUUACCCUAUCAAUCAGGCAAACUUCAUGACCAGUCAGUUGGAAUUCAAUUCAAAUGUGAACUCCAAUCCAAACCAAAAAGUUGAAAACUUACCUUCACAAGAUAUAAUGGAUUUGCUUAGCUAA